GAUGCGUCUCCCGGGGCUGUGUCCCCCCGUCCAGCCUGGUGACGGUGGCAGGGCUGGGGGGACACACGGCCCUGCGUCAGCGGGUGUUUGCCCAGGCCGGGGCCCGGGGGGCUGGGGGGUAUAAAGCUGAGCCUGGCACUUCCAUGAGAAUCCAGGAAGGCUCCAGCACCGGGAACAUGGGACACCCUUGGCUCUGCUUGCUCUGCCUGGUGGGCUUCGGCCUCAUCCUGCCCAGCACCCCCGAGCCAGUUCGGGGGGUCCUUCCCCCCCUGAGCCUGCCCGGGCAGAGCCGAGAGGAGACAGAGCUGGUGGAGGUGCUGCAGGAGGUGCUGGAGAAGCUCGGGACCAGGGAUCCGCCGGCUCUGGAGAAGAGGCUGAGCUGGGUGCCCUCGUGCGAGCCCGGGGAGCCGUGCGCGGUGCGGCGCGGGGCGCGCAUCGGGAAGCUCUGCAGCUGCCCCCGCGGCACCUCCUGCAACCUCUUCAUCCUCAAGUGCUCCUGAGGG